AUGCCUCGUGCUCCAAGAACUUACUCUAAAACCUACUCGGUUCCAAAACGUCCUUAUGAAUCUGCUCGUUUAGAUGCUGAAUUAAAAUUAGCCGGUGAAUAUGGUUUGAAAAACAAACGUGAAAUUUACAGAAUUUCUUUUCAAUUAUCCAAAAUUCGUCGUGCUGCCAGAGAUUUAUUGACCAGAGAUGAAAAAGACCCAAAACGUUUAUUCGAAGGUAAUGCCUUAAUUAGACGUUUAGUUAGAUUAGGCGUCUUACCUGAAGAUAAAAAAAAAUUAGAUUAUGUCUUGGCUUUGAAAAUUGAAGAUUUCUUAGAAAGACGUUUACAAACUCAAGUCUUUAAAGCUGGUUUAGCCAAUUCUAUUCACCACGCCAGAGUCUUGAUCACUCAAAGACACAUUGCUGUCGGUAAACAAAUUGUUAACAUUCCAUCCUUCAUGGUCAGAUUAGAUUCCCAAAAAUACGUUGACUACGCUUCAACUUCUCCAUUAGGUGGUGGUAGACCAGGUCGUGUUGCCAGAAAAAACCAAAACAAAGGUUCUAAAGAAGAUGAAGAAGAAGAAGAAGACUAA